AUCCACUUACACAUUGUACGAUUAGUGGUCUAUACAGCUCAAUAAGUUUGGGAAUUUCUGGAGUGUCCAGGGUACACGUAAUACUAUUCAAAGCGGACAGCGAACUCAUAGGCUCGGGGCCACAGCAGUCCUCCAUUUUUCACCUUUAAUGGAAGUCAACGUAAACUAUGCUGUCAUUGUCUGAGUGUGUUGGUGAGAGGUCAAAUAGCACUACUGGACGAUGGCGAGUCUCCAGUCGUCAGGACCCCCGAGUUCCAUCGAUACAAUGCCUAGUCGACUAGACAGCGUUGAGAUACCUACGAUUGUAAAGAUGUAUCGCCCUUUGAUUGUUAGAUGUAUAAAAUACGACCAAAUAAUCCACUCUUUUGACCGCCGUGUAAUGGACACACGCACCAAGGAGGAAAUAAUACAAACCGGAAAUCGAGAGGGGUCCACAGUAGCAAUGGAGGAUAUCUUGAUUGCUAUAGAAGCGAGUGAUGACGAAAACAAGUGGGAACAAUUCAUCAACAUAGUCCAAGACCAAGGUUACAUAUACCUGGCGAAAGUCUUGAAAGGCGAAUAUGUACCAAGACAUGUGUGUACAACAUACGUUAGAAUGUUGCAACGAAAGAAAAUGACAUUUGUUAAAGCAAGUUUCGACCCUAGCCAAGUCCUUAGCUUACUGGUGGGACAUGGUGUUCUUGAGAAUAGCGACUAUGAACAAAUAGAAGCUGAGCAAAGAAAUAAAGGCGCUUUAGCAGCAACUAUUGUUCUCUUGGACAGAAUUUGGAGGAAACAUGGGGAUUGGUAUAGAUUAUUUCUUACCGUACUAUGCGAGAAAAAAUUCCAUCACAUUGUAAAGGAUAUUGACUAUAAAUUUCAUGAAGAAUGGGAGAAGAGAAACCACCAGAAGCAGUCUUCAGAAGAGACCGUUCACAGAGAAACACCAAACCAUCAGGAGAAAAGUGAGACCGCUCACAACGAACCACCAAACCAUCAGGAGAAAAGUGAGGCCGCUCACAAGGAACCACCAAACCAUCAGGAGAAAAGUGAGGCCGCUCACAAGGAACCACCAAACCAUCAGGAGAAAAGUGAGACCGCUCACAAGGAACCGCCAAACCAUCAGGAGAAAAGUGAGACCGCUCACAAGGAACCACCAAACCAUCGGGAGAAAAGUGAGACCGCUCACAAGGAACCACCAAACCACCAAGACGAAAAGAAACCUAUUCAGGUAUCUGAAGUGCAUGAGAAAUACCCAGGUCCAAACAUCGCAGUAGGAGCACACGGAAAACUGUCUCCUUACGACGCUAGUGAAGAAGACGCUGAAACUCGGGAGAAAAAGACCUAUACGGAUUCAGAAGUAAUGGAUUAUAGUAUUGGUUCCGACUUGAACUUUGAUGAUCUCCUUUCCUCUGACCUGAUGAAAAGCAAAGAUUCGUCAGAAGUAGUCGAAAUAUCAAAACAGACAAGAGAACGUAGCCAGGCUAAUAAAUCUGUCUUUACAGAGAGCACAACUGAAGUAAAAGUUCUCUAUAGCAGAAAUGGGGAUCCCGAAGAAAGUCUCUCAGAUGACUUACAGAGGUUGAGCAAGAACGAUAUCCCAAACAAGACGUUGAAAUUGAGACAAUAUCAACUGGAACAAGCAGAGAAACCUAUGAGUGGGAAAAAUUGUAUAAUUAUUUCACCAACCGGUAGUGGCAAAACGUAUGUGGCUAUCAGAAUAAUUCAGCAUCACUUGGAAGAAAUGGGGAAAAUAAAGAAAACUGUGUUCAUCGUGGACAAAAACAACUUAGCAAACCAACAGUCAGAGAAAAUAAGAGACCACGUAGAAUGUCGACUGAAAGUGAUAUCAGGCGAUUCUCAGAGAGAAGAAGAUUUUCAAGAAAUAAAGCCACUUCUUCCGCAGUAUGAUGUUUUUGUAGUCACAGCUCAAAUGCUGGUCAAUGCCCUGAUAAGAAGGGAUGUCAGCAUCGUGUCCUUUUCUAUGCUUAUUUUUGACGAAUGCCACCACUGUUAUGGAAGCCAUCCAUUUCAACAGAUAAUGAAUCAUUAUAUCGACGUCAAGCAGGAAUUAUCGAAGGAAGAAGAAUCCCAGCUUCCUCAAGUAGUCGGUUUUACGGCGUCCAUUGGAGUAGGAAAAGCCAAAACAGUUGAAAAGGCUACAGAACAUGUACAAACAAUCAUGUCUAAUAUGGACGCCGAGUACCUGGUGACAGUACAGGAAAACAAGGCUGAUUUGGGAAGACAUGUGAACUCGCCAGAACAAUUCAUCAAAGAGGUACCUAUACGUCGGAGGGAUGCGUUUGGAGAGCGUGUAAAAGUGCUAAUGACUACAACUGAAAUGUAUUUGGAAGACACAGACGUCGAGGUUGUGGACAGGAACGCUGUAAAACCCCCCUCAUCAAAAGGCAAUGAGCAGUAUACCCAGUGGUUGGAGGAAACCCUUUUGAAAUCAUUAGCAAAGCUUACCAAAUCUGAAGCAACUCGAUCGCUGUAUACUCUAAGGAAAUAUUUAGAGAUAUACAACAAUGGCCUCAUCCAUCAUUCAUAUGCAAGAGCAACUGAUGCUCUGUAUUGCAUUAAAUCUGGCAUAGAGAACCUUAAAUUAGCUAAAAACGAAAAUGAAAUAGAGAAGAGAGUUAAAGCGUUAUUUGAAGAGGAAUAUGUAGCAUUAGAAGAAUGCGCCUUAGACAGAGAAAGGACCGCAGAAAAUCCUCUUCUACUGAAGCUAAAAGAUAUCAUAAUAGCCAGAUAUGCUGAAGAAUCAAACAUGAGAGGAAUCGUCUUUGUGCGAACUCGUAUUCUUGCAAAUAUUCUUGUUUCAUGGAUGGAUAGCACAAAGGAAUUGCAACAUAUAAAAGCCCGGAAAUACACCGGUGCUCAGGCUCACAAUAUAGAUGGAGGUAUGACAAAACAUGAACAGAUAAAUGCAAUCGAGCUCUUUAAAGAUGGCCAGUUCAAAAUCAUCGUUGCAACCACUAUUGCAGAAGAGGGAUUGGAUAUCAGAGAGUGUAAUCUCGUUGUAAGAUAUGACUACGCUGGAAAUCCUAUUUCUAUGGUGCAAGCAAGAGGUCGAGGUCGCGCAGAAAACAGCCAUUUCUAUGUUUUGGCUUCUGCAGAAAAAUGCGUUGCUGAAAGAGAAAGGAACAACACUUUCAAAGAAACGAUGAUGGAGGAAGCUAUGAAAAAGGUUCAGCAACAAAUUGAUGAUAAUCACGAUGCGUUUCUUGUUAAGCAACGUGAGUUACAAAAAGUGGCAAAAAGAGAACGUGAUGUAGCAAAACGAAACAAGAGCGGCAGAGUCGUACAGCAUGGACAGUUUUCACUGAGGUGUUUGAAAUGUAGCACAUUUCUGUGCAUGUCCAGUGAGCUACGAAAGUUGCUGAAUGCCCAUCACGCUUGCAUUAGUGAAGAUAUCAAGAACAGCAUCAUAUGCAAAAAGUUUUCCAAACCAGGUUAUCCCGGAGAUGAUAUAGAAAUGGGAGUCGGUCAAUUUAAUUGCAAAGAAUGCAAUGUGAAAUUGGGAACCAUUGCUCUGUAUAAGGACAUCUUCUUUCCGAUAUUGAGCAUCAAAGCCUUGAAAAUCGAAGAUGAUAUGGAGAAAGGUGAUACGUUGAAGAAGUGGAACUUGGUAGAGAAGUAUUUCCAUGUGCCUGAGAUUACAACAGAAGAUCUUGAAAACAUUGGGAAAUUCGGCAGACUUCUCGAAUUUUGAAUACAAGUAGCUAAAAUCUAGUGUUUGCAUAAACAUGUACUUUUGCAUACAACUGUGCAACAAAAUCAUAGCAAAAUACUUCAUAUUUAUCACUGAAGAAAUUCAAUUGAAAAUUGUAUCAACACAUGACUUUUUUAAUAUAUAGCUUCAAGCAUUUUUAUAUGUUGAUUAUGUAAAUAUGAAAAUUGUAUAUGCAAGUGGAUAUAUAUUUGAAUAUGCUGCUUCCAGCAAGGUUUUUAAUGUAAAUUGUAAGCGUUGAAAUAUUUAUGGCAAUGGUCCAUUGUAAAUGAAAUGACCAUUAGUCUUGUUCUGAAGGGUGUAUUAUAUUACAACAUUCGAAAUUUGUUAAUUUGUUUUAUAAGGAUAGACGGUGCAUUCGUUUUUAAUUCGUGAUGAAAUGUCAUUACCCUUGAAAUAAUUUCCACACCUUUUUCUUUCAAUUAUUGAAAAAGCCAAUCCUCAAUUUGCCUGGUUUUUACGUAUGAUCUCGGGAUUUAACAUGUUGCUGAUUUUUAUCUUAGAAAAUGUUUUAAGCAUUGCUAUCUGUUGCAAUUUAGUCAGCUUACACAUAUACCCAGUGGGGUUACCUUUCAAAGAAAAGGUAGGUAUUCAAUGAAAACAAAUACGUGUAUGUUCAUUAAUUUAUUUAUUGUAAUAUACAUAUAAAUAUCUUACUAUUAUGAAUACACUAAUGUAUUUCAUUUAUUGUUUGUACAUGUAUUAUGACUGUGAGUCAAGUGAAAAAUUACGAUUUGUGAUACCGAUGGAGUAUUUAUUGUUGUAAACACUAAUUGUGCUGUGAUCUUUAUAAAGAAAAAAUAUAUAAAUGGUCCUUAGCA